CCCCGGGGCGCGGCCCGGCGCCGAGACCGGCCGCGCUCGGUGUCUGUGGCCGGCCGGGACGGCCCGUGUGCCGCCGCCGCCUUAGCCGCGUUCCCUCUCCCGCAGAGCACGGACUGGUCCGAGCCCUGGCUGCUGGGGCUGGCCGCCUUCCACCUGCUGUGCUUCCUGCUGACGUGCGCGUCCCUGCAGCACCGCCGGCUGCAGGUCGGGCACUUCCUCUGCAUGGUGGGCUUAGUGUUCUGCGCUGAAUAUAUCAAUGAAUUAGCAGCCAUGAAUUGGAGGCUCUUUUCUAAAUACCAAUACUUCGAUUCAAGAGGAAUGUUUAUUUCACUUGUAUUUUCAGCGCCACUGCUGGUGAAUACUGUUAUAAUUGUGGUCACCUGGGUUUACAGAACUUUGAAUGUAAUGACUGAACUAAAGAUGCUACAGCAGAGAAGGAAAGCAGAAAAAGAGAAAAAUAAAUGAAAGCACCAAACACUAUUUUUCUUUCUUCACUUGUAAUAAUGCCUGUCCAGGUAAUCAGUCCUGUAUGGGUAUGCAGGAACAGAAGUAUUUUUGUGUCCAGUGUCAAGAGGACUUUGCAAUUGUGGCUGUGGACAUUGAGGUGAAAGCAGGUAUCUACAGUACAUUGGAACUGGCUGUGAAAUUAUGAAACCCUGUCUUAAGUCUUUGUGCCCUUCAGUGUAAGAUUGUUUUCCUCCAUGACCAAGGCUGUUAGUAUUGAUGAGACACAAUCUUCCAGUUUCCAUUUGCCUGUGUAUUCUUUUACUAUGUCUUUUAUUCUGUGCUUAUCAAGUAUCAGUUAUUCUGCUGCUUAAGCCAAUUGGAGCUGUGUUAUGAAUUACAGUAAAUGAGAGCUUUUAUUCAGAAUAACUCAGGAAUCCAUGCUUCUGUGAAGCACUUCUUUAUAAAUCAAGUUUCAUACUUCCUAUGUGUACUGUGUGCCAGUGGCAUUUUAUAAAUAAAACUAUCUGCUCACUAUCUUAAAUUGAGUUAAUUUGUAUUC